CAUUUCUCUCAAAUCCUGUGAAACCCUAAUUCCUUUCUCUGUCAAUUUUCUCCGGUGAACAAAAAUGGCGGAAUGUCCGACGGAUAUCAUCAACGAGUUGUUCCUCCGUCUCAGAGCAAUUACGCUUGUAAAGUGUCGCGUCGUCUCGAAGCCUUGCUUCUCUUUGAUCGACAGUCCCGAGUUCAUCUCAUCUCAUCUCCGUCGCAGACUCGAAACGGGAGAACAUCUCAUGAUCUUACUCCGAGGACCUCGUCUUCUACGUACGGUGGAACUCGACUCGCCAGAGAACGUCUCCGACAUCCCUCAUUCUUUACAAGCCGGAGGUUUUACAGAGGUUUUUGGUUCCUUUAACGGUGUCAUCGGGUUAUGCAACUCUCCCGUUGAUAUAGCGAUUUUUAAUCCUUCGACAAGGAAGAUUCAUCGGUUACCAAUUGAGCCACUUGAUUUCCCAGAACGUUACAUCACUCGUGAGUAUGUGUUUUACGGUUUGGGUUAUGAUUCUGUGAGCGAUGACUUUAAAGUUGUGAGGAUGCUUCAGUCUAAGCUUAAAGGAGGUAAAGAGAAUUUUGGUUACCCUGUUGAAAUCAAAGUUUUCAGCUUGAAGAACAAUUCGUGGAAGAGAGUGUAUCUUAUGUUCGAGGUUCAGAUACUUUUCAUUUACUUCUAUUACCAUCUCUUGCCUCGUCGUGGCUAUGGUGUGCUAGCUAACAAUCAUCUUCACUGGAUUUUGCCUCGGAGGCAAGGAAUCAUCGCCUUUAACACGAUUAUCAGAUUUGAUCUUGCUUCUGAUGACCUUGGAGUCCUCAGUUUCCCACAGGCUCUUUACACUGAGGAUGAUAUGGAUGUAGGUGUGUUAGAUGGCUGCGUUUGUUUGAUGUGUUACGACGAGUUUAGCCAUGUUGAUGUUUGGGUUCUGAAGGAGUAUGAAGAUGUAAAAUCUUGGACUAAGCUGUUUAGGGUGCCGAAACCAGAGAGUGUUGAAUCGGUUGACUUCAUGAGACCUCUGAUCUAUUCCAAGGACAGGAGCAUGAUUUUGCUGGAGAUUAACAAUGCGGCGAAUCUCAUGUGGUUUGAUUUGGAGAGUAAGAAGCUUACAACUGUUGGAAUAGAGUGUGAUAGUUCAUUCACCGCAGACAUCCUCGUGAGUAGCCUUGUUUUGGGAUGUAAAGGAGACCCUACUGAAGCUCAGCGCAGGAAAGAGCAAAUGAUGCCUAAGAGUAACAAAAGGUGGUAUGCUCAUCUCUAGUCAGUGCUUUCAUACUUGUUUGUUUCCUUAACAGAAUUGUAGAAAUGGAUUAUAAGGCAAAUCUUAGUCUUAGGUAUCUUCAUUCUUUGAUAUGUUACGGUUGCAAAUGGUUAGCUGUAUCAACAUGCUUAAACAUCUUAUGUUACAAUCUGAGGGAUGGUUUCUUGUCCUAGAAGCUAUGAGCAAAGCAGGGGAAUCUUCUGAGCGGAAAUAUUAUUAGAUCAAGGUAAGUGUAAUGAAUGUAAAAUCUUACC